CGACGUUAUUUUUCCCUUUUAUCCAGAUUACCUUACUCACAACGCGAGAUCAUUCCUCUUGACAAGUGGGAAAUUCUGCCUGAGCAAAUAGAAUACGACGAAGAGCUGGGGAGAGGAGCGUUUGGCGUGGUUUACAAAGCAACAUUUAGGAUGAGAGUUGGGUUGGAGGUGUUUGACACUGACAUUUCAAAACGGCCUUUGUUAUCCACAGAAAAGGCACCUCAGGUGGUUGCUGUCAAAGUCUUACAUGGUAAGAAUUUGUAAUAAAAGACAGACAAAGCCAUGGAGUCUUAAAUUUUGUGAUUGCCUUUAGUCCUCUUCACAUAACAAGAAAAGCUGAGGGAUUUAAGUAAACUAAUAAUAUACACGAAAAAAUUACUCAAUUCUGAUUGGCUGAGAAAGGAGUGCAGCUCUUAUGUAACACGAGUGCAAAAUGUGUAACAUGAGUGCAAACUUGUAACACGAGUGUAAAUUACAAAUGCUUUCUGAUUGGCUGAAAACACAAAAGAAACCAACAAGAACCAAUCAGAUUAGAGCUGUUUUAACAACAAAAAUUCAAGAAAAUGGCCAUGGUUUUCAGCAGACGACGACCGGAUUUAAUUUUGUAGGCAAAACAACAAUAGAAAAGUUAACAAAAUAGUCCAAAAACCCGAACACAGUAAAAAGUACGUCUUUCUGGCUAAAUGUAUUGAAAAUGCGUUGCUAAGAGAAAAAUACUGUCAACAAAAUCGGGGAAAAUGAGCCAGAGAAACUAAAAAACAAGCUACUUAUAACAAACUACGCUAAAGUAAAAAAAUAAAGAACAGAAACGGUUACAACCACACGAAAACCAUGACAGCUACACUCUUCAGGCAUUUAAAUGAUCAAGGAUACAAUUCCAUGAUAACAACAGGGAUUUCAAGUCAUGUACGUUAUUUGUUGCUCUCUUUGAGUCUUUUGUGGAGCGAAGACCUCUAUUAAAACAUCCAUGCGAUGGUCUGUUUUUUUUUCUACCUCAGUGGCAAACGAAACCGAAAAUUUAAACAUUUGGUCCAAACUAAACACAUGGGCGAAAAUACCACAACUCACAUAAUGAAAGUAUCCGCAGCUGGUACUAGCCUUAAAGAAAGUGAGAAAAAAGUUUACGAAUCAUUGUGCAAGAAAAACAACAGUCAGUAAGCUGAAGAAAGCAAAGAUUGUAAGUUCAGAACAUAUCGUCAGUGUCACAGGCCACAGAGGUAUAAAUUUCCUUAACGACUACGAUGAAGCCGACGAAGAAGAGCUACGAUGACUCUUGCACUAGGCCAGAUAAGAUAAUGAAAACUCCAGCGCUGAGAAAAAGCAAAUAUUAUAUUAAUACUGGCAGUUUCCGACAUCCCAGCAACUGUGGCUCCACUCACCCAUCGAUGGCAGCGUCGAAGGAAAACAAAUUGCCUCCUGCAUUCUCGGGUUUUAAAUCUCAAAAAUUUGUCCAUGAAUCCAGCUAUGAUGGGGUCUCAGGAACAGACAAUGAUAAACAGUCGUUAAAAAACCUUAACAAGUGUCUUUCAUCAUUGGCUGCUCGAAGCGUUCUCAUGAUUUCAAAACGGCAGUAUACUUCUUGAAAACGCUUCUUGUAAACGCCGAGCUCUCAUAAAGGAUGAAUUUAAAAACACUUAGCGUGUGUUCCUUUCGGUGAAUCCAAAAACGGAUUUUAGAUCUAAGAACGGAUUUGGCGUUCCUUUCGGCAAAUCCAAAUCCGGAUUUUUGAUCUGGUGAAUCCUUUUUGAAAAAGGAUUCAUUGGAUUUGAAAUCCGAAGAAUCCAAAUCCAGAUUAACGGAUUAGUGAUCUACGCUGUUCCAUUCACAGUGGAUCCGAAAUUAGUCAGAUGAUCCAGCGGUAUUUCCAGUUGAAGUAUUCCCAUAGAGGCCGUAGAGUUUCCUCGUUGCUGUCAUUUGCCCCAAAACAUCUGAAAACACUAGAAGAUUGUUCCUGGUACAUUAAAAUAUCCAUAUACUAACCAUUUGUCUCUAAAGAUUGCUUGAAAUCAGAAAUAAGUAAAAGUAACAAAUGGACUGCUAUCUAACUACAAACUCGCUUGUAGAUGCGACAGGCACUCGAUCGUGUUACAUAAAAAAAUCCGAGCUAUGGAACUGGAUCAAACUGGCCGACAUUCUUUAGAUAAUUUUCAAUUUUAAUGCGCUUCUUUCUUUGUCUGUUUUAUAUCUUCCAUCGUCGCUAUUCGAACUGCCGACCACUAAAUUCUGCACGGUAUAAUCGCAUAAUUUGUCAAAGAGUAGAAAACACGUCAUUUUUUGAGAGGCUGUCGUGCAUAUUGCACGCGUUGGCGAAAGAUUACUAAGGUUACAAAUCCAAUUUCGGAUUUCACGUUCCUUUCGACCGCGAAAUCUGGCAAAUCUAGGAUCAAAAAUCCAUUUUUGGAUUCGCCGAAAGGAACACACCCUUACUUUUGCUGAUUGUUACAAACCAAGUUAUCUUUAACAGGCUGGUGACGAUAUAAAAAAAUCCUUGCACAUUUCCAAGUUCUUAGCUGAAUGAUUUUGAAAGCGUUGGUCUUGAAAAAGUUUGAAUUUGACAAAGGUAGUAGUCUGUUUCAACCAAUCAGUUGAAUGAACUAAAACGCGCGCGCUGUCAAAAUUUGUUGUUGUAGUUAUGUUUUUCGUGUAUAUUAUUAAUAAGUAAUCACAUGAUUUUUCUCGUGCCAUUUGGAAUAAAUAAGCACUUGUAAAUUUUUCAAAGACCACAAAGUGCACUCGCCCUACGGGCUCGUGCACUUUUGUUGGUCUUUGAAAAAUUUACUUGUGCUUAUUUAUUCCAAAUUGCCCUCGAAAUCAUGUGAUUACCUAUACUAAUUGCACCACAUAAAGGCACUGAACUUUUUAGAUGGAAAUUGCCCGAGAAUUGACACUGUAUUAUAUUGUAUCAAGAGAGAGCUUUAUCCUCUCUUGAUUGUAUAGAUCAACGGUAACGUUGUUAAAAUAUCCGAAAAUGAUUGGAAAGCCAGGGGUUAUUUUGGCUUCAUAAUACAUGUAGUGCACGUCGCAAGAAUUUUUAAAACUGUAUCAAGGUAACAAUUUUUAUGUUUGAAAUUUUCGAGGUCAAGAACACAAUUAUCACUAGAGUAGGUUUAAGCUAGUUAGCUCUUAACACAUGCAAAGUUUUAUAAAUUACUACACACAAACUAGAAAUUGGCCAAUGGAUACAACUAAAGCACAACACUGAAAUAUGUUUGGUUUUAAAUAAUACAAGUUCUAAUCAAUAGAUUCCCCCCCACCCUCCUUCUUUGGUAAUUCAAGUUCCUCGGUUUACACAGCAAGUCUUUUGAGGCAAGGACAAUGAGGAUGAAGGGAGAUAAAACUAUGAAAUUGAGCUACGACUUCAACGUGAUGGUUGCUAGACCCAAACCCAGGGAGUGCUUUCUUAGAGCUACAGGGGGUGUGAGCGGGACCAAUGGGUAAAGAUUUCCACGAUUCCAGUCAAAGAAAAAAUAACCUGAAAUAGGAUAAGGUUUUGUUCUCCAUGGUACAAAGUCUGUUUUCAUUUUAUUUUAUUCUACUAUUCAUUUUUUAUUUACUCAUCUUUUUCAUUCAUCAUUUAAGAACAGCGGCAGGUCUGAAAUAGGGUAAGGGAAAUCACGUGGUCACAUCUCACCCAUACCAACGCCCAAAUUUUCCAGGGGUCAGGUACCUCUCGGGGCUGCUGAGAGAAUGCAGUGGUAAACUAAAUAGUAUAAUACGAAAUGCCUGAAUAUUUCUCGACAUUCUGUUACACGGUGGAAUAGAUCUGUACUUUGUGCCUCAAAGCAAGCGUGGGGUGCGAUAAAAAUCGGACGAAGUAUAUAACUUCGCAAAUGAAAAAUCUAGCACUUAAUAAUGCUAUCACUGCAAGAUAAAAAAGACAAUGUCGUAUAUUCAAUUGCCUUUAGAUGAUCCAUCUAAAACACAGAAAGAAGAGUUCAUGUUUGAGAUUGAGCAGAUGAAACUGUUGGGUUCACAUAAGAACGUUGUAUCCAUGGUUGGAUGCUGCACGAUACAGGAGAAAAUGUUCCUGGUCAUAGAAUACGUUCCUUGUGGUGACCUACUGACGUGGUUACGCCGCAGAAGAAAAAGGGUAAGGCGAUGAACGAAAUUCAACAUUUAUUUUAAAACUGAAUUAUUAUGAAACAAGUACAGGGAGACAAAAUUCCGAAUCUGUUUUUGUACUACUGGAAAUUGUUUUACGACUUAUCAUUAGUACUUGAUGGAUUAAUCUAGAUCAUCGAAAUUCAAGCCUCCGAGAGAUCAUAUGCUGACAAAGAGGCUCUGAGAGAUCAUGGAGUGACCAGUGAUCAAGUAAGCUUGUUCUUAAAUUGUAUCUAACUUUCCAUACUAGCUCUGUUGUAAAACGUUUUGCUAUUCUUCAUUCUGCUUUUUGAUUUUUUGACCUUUCUAGCCUACUCAUCUGAUUAUUGCUCCAUGGUUUGCACGUGAUGUAAUCGAAAUUCAAAAUAAAGAAUUAUUUAGCCUAAUUUGAGUUUUAAUUUACUGAGCUAUUAGAGCAGCUGAAGACGUAUAAUUUUUGCAGUGUUUCCGGUCGAAAUGGUUCUUCGUUUUGUGAUAGAACAAGUUUGAAUUUCUUAACUAUUUCAUAAGGCGUCGUUAAUGGCCGCUGUCCUGAAAGCUUUUGCCUAGGUUAAAAGAAGACAAAGACUGACUUAUUAUUUGGAGACUUUGCUGUAGCGAACAUUGAAUUUUUUCCUUGUAUUUGAGUAAGUAUUAAUUUUACUUAUACGGGCUCUUUAGAGAUGUCUACUCGCUUCGUGGCAAACUCAAUGACAGAUGUUUCCAGGAUGUUUCUGUUAUUUUCCGGCCGCUAUAUUAGUGUUCCUCAUGCAGAGGGACGCCAACAUGAUGUCGCCAUACAAUUGCAGAGUUCUAUACACGAUAUGUAACACAGUUAAUCAGAAUAUCUGUCACGCAAAUAGCCUCUUAGACAUGAACCUUGGCAAGAAUGUUUGCAGAUUCAUCUCCUUUCAUCUCUUAUGAAUUGAAUGGUUUUGGCUCUAUUUUUUGACGGCGUGUAUGUGAAAGAUUCAUUUUCCUGCUUCCCUUCACACAGGUUAGCAAAGUGGCCAAGGAACAGAUUAAGCAAGCGGAGAAAACACAAUUGCAAGUGAGCGUGGAAAAGACCCUAUUAUUACAGGAUAACAGUGAGGACACAGCGUCGACUUCUUAUUAUCUCGGCAGCGAAGUGAGAUACUAAUCAGCCAGUUAAGGGCUAAAAUAUUUUAAUUCUAGUUUAUUUGCGCUUAAUAUGUAAGAAUUGUCUCUAAUAAUUUCAUUUUUCGGGAACAGAGCAUCACCACUUUUUGAAAGAAGUCAACCACAAAGACGUUUUGACAGAUGAGAGAGACGGUUGGGGAUCAAGUAGGCUUAUCACAAACAAAAAUUUGAGCUAUCGUCAAUGCGUCUUUUAGUUUAUUUGUUGAAUUUAAUUAAGCUAUAGGUAGGGGAUUUUUUUAUCUUUAGUCUCCAAUACAUCAAAAGUCCAAAUUCUCGUUAUAUAGAGUAACGGAGAAUGCAAAUUUGAAGCAUGCUUAAACGCGGAGUACAAGAUUCCACGACAUUUUGCUACCUUAAUGGUUGCCUUAAAAACUGACAAUAAAUAAACAAUUAACAAUUAUAUUGAUUAAAAAGACGGAUGAAUCAAAUACUUAAAAAUGUACUUAAAUUUUUUUUCGUAAAAAUGUCUUGAACUACCUUGAAACUCCAGCAUUGCGUGACAGAGAGAAGGGCCAGAAGUGCAUUAAAAUCUUUUUAAAAUUUAAUUCAAUUUUUCCACGCAGGAAAGCAAACAAUCGCAUGAAAUAGGAGAACUGACUCUGUUAUCAGAAGAAAGUAACGAUGAGGUCCGACAGGAGCUGGCGUCGACUUUUCAAGGCCAUUUUGUAAGAAGGAAAUGCUUGAAUAUUUCAUUUCAUUUUUGUUAAAUAUAAUUAUACUGAGAGUGGACAAGGCAUGCAGACAAUGAGGAAAUUUGCUGAGAAUAAGUAACAAUUUUCCGCGAAAGAAAAAGUCAACAUCUUUAUUGACCGUGCUCCGAAAUAAGCCAACGAGAAAAACUCUAGAAAUCACAUGCUGAUCUAGAGCCAUUGAUUACGUCCACAAGAGAUAAACUAACAUCAAAUUAAAGCCAGGACUCGAGCCAGGACUCCUAACCCUAACUUUAACACUAACCUUAACACUAACAGCGAGCUCACUUUCCAUGAUUGCCACGAACUUUGCUGGGCUUCCCAGGCAACUGUUGUAUUCCCAGUUACGCGAUGGAAAGAGAAAUCAAGGACGGCCUAGGCUAAGAUUCAACGACAUCGUGAAAAGAAACCUGAGGCGGAAGAACAUUUUAGUAGAUUCUUGGAGGCAGCGAGCAAAGGACAGAACGACCUGGAGGAACCUGAUUCAAGCUUGAACUCUUCAUGAAACAGACAUUGUCGCUUAGACAGACUGCUUAACUAACUAACAAUGGUCAUGUGACUUGCAGGAGGUGAAAAUGGCGGGAAAGCGAAAAAUUGUCGAGUCCUGCGUCGAGUCCUGGCUCGGUAAAUAGGCAUCCUCCUUCCACAAUACCGUCUGACAAAGAAUUUUCAAUAUAUGUUUACAGUGCGACUACUGUAACCCGAGCCACUUAGACAAAGUUGACCAAUCGGAUUACAGGAAAAUAACAAUACAUUCCAAGAAAGUUGGUUGUGGGCCAAUCAACACGUCGUAAGGAAACAAUAAAUUACUCGAAGCACUAAAUUUAAAUACUCAUAGCAAACGUUUAUGAAAGCAAAAUGUUUCACCAGACCAGCAAAGUUUUUCUAUCCGAAACUUUUCAUUUAACACCCAGGAGACGAAUUUGUUUGACUUAAGUUGUUAUUUUGUCAUCUACCAGCAAUUUCUUCGCUAAACUUUGCGGCCGCGCUUUGCAAUAAAAUACAAUACAUCUAACGUUUACAUUUUUCGCCCCCCUCAACACUGUAACGGACCUCCCAGUUAGGGUUCAAAAGGUCACAUCUCUAGGUUGUAACUGGUUGAUUUCGAUCCAUGCUGUUGAUUUCGUUUCGUGGUAAUUAUGAUUGACAACUAACUUCCUCGGAAUGUAUUGUUAUUUUCCUGCCAUUCAAUCUGUCAACUUUGACUAGGUAACCCCUGUUAUAGUAGUAGUCGCCCUGUGAAAUGUUAAUCUUACUAAUGAGAUGAAAGGUUUCACAAGAACAAUCUCUCCGGGUCACUCCUAUACCAGAACACAAUCAAUCGAAGCACUCAAGCGUGCAUUCGAUAAAUCUUGGCAGGUCUGGCAAAUGAAUCCACAGGUAUACUUUGUGAUCUAAUUUAAAUUAAAUAUUACUUUUCACCGAUUUUCAAAAACUGGUGAGCAUUUUCCGCAAGGUGGCACAGUCCCAUUUUGGUGAGAGCAUGGGUACUAACUUUUAGGCACGAGAAACAUGGCUGCCUUUAGGGGUGUUUCUCAGUGUUGCGAAGACUUUUGUUGGUUAGCUUUUGUUGGUUAGCUAGUGGGUAUUGCUUAGUGGCUUUUCAAUCUUUUGUAUUACGUCAUUUGGUGAUUGCACCUUGUAGAAGGCCUAAAUGUAAUAAACAAUAACAAUUUGCCCUAAAUGUAAUCCUUAUGCACUGUGAAACUUAACGUUGAAAAUAAAUUGCGGCGCUUAUUCGUGUAAAUACGGUACUAAGCGGUAUUAAUAUGGUAUUAAGCACCGCUCUCAAAUAAGUGCCGCAUUUUUGGAGAAAAAGUUAAUAAGCGCCGCGGCGCUAAUUCGCUUAAAUUCGGUACAUUUCCUCAUGCACUGUGAAACUUAACGUUGAAAAAUAAAUUGCUUGUAAAACGACAAAGUAACAGUAUUUUUUAAGCAAUCUUCUUCUUAGGUUUGCAUAACUGUCAAGAAUUCUCCCAACCCCUCGGGUGUUUAUAUCAGGCAAUGCAAACACGGGAAAAAACGUUUUCUAUUGCUUUUAUAAAAUAACUUUCCCGAGAAAAAGAAAAACUCUUUGUUUAGGUUACUGAUUAAAAGAGAAACUCCUACCAGUCGCGAAGUCUUGUACACGAAGCUUAAUGUACGUGUAAUCAGUUCUUGUUUGGCAAUAAAGAUGCUUUCCAAAAAAGGGUUUUUCUUGCUUAAAAUGUCAGUUUAAGCGAAAAAAAAAUUGGCACAGCAUGUUUGUAAAGAUUUUCCAAGUUUCAUCCGACGAGUCGCGAGUCGAUUACAUUUUCUUAAACAACUGAAGAGAGCGAAUAUUCCCGCCAAAGAUCUGCUAAUCUUUUACUUGACCUGUAUCCGCCCAUUAACGGAAUACGCAUGCCCGGUGUUUCCCGCAUAUUUAUUCGCAGAGCUAGAACAGCUACAGAAGCGCGCAAUGCGAAUUACUUUUCCGUUUGUACCAUAUAGCGACGCAUUACAUCAAGCCAACCUGGAGACGCUCUCUCGACGCAGGCAGUCUAUCACAACUAAGCUUUUUGAUUCCAUCACUUUUAAUUCAGACCAUAACAAUUGUGAAUCCAAUUUAAGACGAAAGAGGAAUUUUAAUGUCCCUCUGGCUUAGACGAAGAGACUUAAGAACACAUUUAUAUAUAGCAACUGUAAUUAAAUUUUUAGCUACAUAUGUGUAAAUUUUUGUCAUAUUUUUUGUCAUAUUUUUAUUAGAUUUUAUUAUUGUAACGAUUAAUCUAAUUCAGCUUUUGGCUGCGAUUUUAAUCAGAAGACACGAUCUAUCUAUCUAUCUGGGAUGGGUAAAUAAAGUAAAUUUGUCGAGUUUUCAACUCAAAAACAUUUUAAGAUUCGUGCUUGUGUGAUUAUCGCUCGAAGAGCAAAACAUCUUGACUCCACACAUGUUUACAUAUUCUCAUUCAAACACAUCUCUCGGCCCGUCAGAGCGUGCGCGUACUAUCUUAGUUAUUUAUAAACGCUGUUAUCAGCUGAGCAGUAGUCUUUAGGGCCUGUUUACAUGGAGGUAGGGGACCCAGAUAGGUGAAAUAACAUGCGGCGGGUCACCCCACUUAUCAUGUAAACGUGAUCAAAUUUAAAUGAGAGAUUAUGUGGACAGGAGGGUUACCCACCAAAGCAGGUUACCUCACCUACCUGGGGUCCCCCACCUCCAUGUAAACAGGCCCAUAUAGACUUCUCGCUUUUUGUUCUUAAUAUUUUAGCUGAUUAGAUCUCUUUUCUAGAGGUCCAACGUUGACAAGCAACAGGAUCUUCGUCCACGCUUUUUGCAGUAAAUUUCUAUAACAAAAAAUAAUGAAGUAUGAAAAACCUUUUAAGGCUUAAAGUUUUUUAUUUUUAUUUUGUCCCUCACAAGCAAUUUAUUUGUAAACGUCAAGUUACACAGUGCAUAAGGAAAUUUUUUCUCCAAAAAUGCGGCGCUUAUUUGAGGGCGGCGCUUAAAACCAUUGUAAGCGCCGUGGCGCAUAUUAAAUCCCCCCCAAUGCCCGCUUAUUUGAGUAAUUACUGUAAUUUGUAACUUAAGGGUUUAUUACAUUUAGGACAAAAUGUUAUUACAUUUAGGGUCGUUUAUUACAUUUAGGCCUUCUACACAUAUCCUAUCCUCAACACCAAGAAAGUGCCAUUUUUAGUUCAGUACCUUUUGUUAUAUCCCUGACAAGGCAAACGCUUUCGUCGAAAAGAAGAGACCAUUAAUCUAUAUCUUUUAUAUCUUUUACCUACAGGAAAGAGAGGAAAGUAAACUAUCAAAGAAGGCACAAGUGACCAUAGAAAUGGCCUCAUUACGCCAGGCUGACGUCACACAGGACAUGGCGUCGGUCAAUCACAGUUUGUCUGAAGUAAGAAGGAAAUGCCUCAGCCUUAGGCGGCCUUAUCUCACGUCUUAAAGAAGGAUGUAAUGUAAUACCUUUCUUCUUUACGUGCUUUGGGUGACGCUAAACGUGACCUUUAUGUGAAAAUAUAUCGCGUUACAACAGGAGUACCCAACGAACAUUUUUCGCAAAAUUGAUUAUACGAUGUCGUAAACGCUAGCAAAGUGCUUUUACGUCAACCUAUGUUAAUAUUUAACUUUCCUGGGAAAAAAAUACCCGCUCUUCACUGCUAGCCAGCAAGACUUUCAGAAAAUAAAAAUCCCAGCUAGCAAUCAUGUUUGACGGUUUUUUGCCAGCCAGCAAGGUUAAAAAAACGAAAAUUACGCAAUCCCAGCCAGAGUGAAACGGAAUUCGGUGUUUGCCAGCCAGCGGUAGCAGAAGUAAGUUAUGAGCCAGCCAGCAAAGUUUCAUUUAACACAUUGCCAAGAAAAACAUGUAAGUCAGCAGGCAAGAUCUGUUUUACGUCAAAUUUACAUAAUAUAAACGAAAAGCGUGUUUAACCUGUUUCACCCUUUUAUCUAGUUGUCGUUUUUUUUUUUUUGAGAUAUAGGGAAAAGAUCAUCCCUAAGUAUUACAUAACAAUAACAUAACAACUAAAGACAUUCAGCGGUACUUACAGUUUUGCCAGGUAAACGAUAAAGAGGAAGAUCCCGAACUUUUUCCAUAACACAAUAAAACGUAAAAAAAGUGAUCACCGAAAAGCCUUAAGACCAAUGCAUAUUUUCCAACGAUAAUCGACUGAGGCGAAAAAAAGUUUAAGAAUAAACAACAUAACGAGUAAGCUCGAUCUACGUGUGGUCUCCUCUGCAAAAACACUUCAAAUUCAGUGUAGACACUGACAUGCUUACCGCCAGCAUUGUAUGCCGUGCCUACUGUUAUUCCGCAAAAAGUUUACAACAGAACUGAUAGAAAGUUUCAAGUAAACAGGCUUUCCGUCGGAAAAUUCUAACCGUUACGGCUGAAAACCACGGACCCAAAAAGUAAGGUAACUUUUGCGGUCUUUAACGCGAGUUUCAACGUGGGGAGGAUGGUUUCCUCUUUCUUCAUUUACGUAAACGCCUGACAGCAAACGAGGACCUUUCUGUUGCGGUAUAAAAAAACAAUGCUGUCCAUGUUUUCAAAUAUGCUAUGGCAACAGUUUACUUUUUAAAGCCAGACUGAUAACGUGUUCUUGUAGUAACUUUCUCCGCACAAGUACUUGAAGAGCUUGUCAUCCUGAGUUUGAUCUUACUCACUCAUUUUUUCUCUAGCCAAAAAGUCAUAAUGGUAUGUCGUCAGACAAUCACCACAAAAGUUUCGCAGCAAAAGCCAGUAGUCGUAGGUAGUCAGUCAGGCAAUCACCGUAAAAGUUUCACACCAGAACUGGUGCAAAGUUUCGCAGCAAAAGCCAAUAGUCGUAUGUAAGUCAAGAAUGUUUCGUUUUGCAGUCAGACAAUCACCUAUAAAGGCAUGUAACCUUAUGUCGUGCAUGCGAUGGUUGUGUGAUGUCUAUAAGUUAUAGAAUCGAAGCGCAGUUGAAACAAAUGUAAGUAACAUCACACCAAGGAAGGCAAGCUUUUUUUUGCUUUGGGUACAGAGACACGCACCAAAGUAAAAUACAUGCCACAAUACCUUUAUCAGUUUGCUUGAAGCACCGUCAUAGUAAAUUUGCGAACAACAACAGUACUUGAGUUUUAAUACAGCUACAGAAAAAUUCCUGUAGUUUUUGGCAAUAAGACAAUUUUAGGUGAAACCUUCUUCGGUACGUUUAAAAAUCGAGUUGAAGACGGCAAACGUGACGUAACUGCGUCCUACUGCGUAUCUCGCGCUUCGCGCUCGCGCCUCUUUUGCGCAGGCUACGGUUGAAUUGUAAGGGCGAUUAUUUUGUAGAAAGCAAUAACUUCAUGAUAACCAGAAGAAAAUAAAAACUCCGAAGAAAAAUAUCCUGUUCUUCACGACAAAUGGUUACAAAAAGAGCAACAUAGUUGUCUAUUAAUUUGUUUAUUCAAUAGUCCAGUUUAAACCCUGCUUGCAGCAAUUUUAGGAAAAUGUGUAAAAUACUGUUCACAUUUGUAAUUUUCUUUCAUUUUUUGGCAAAAAAAUUGUGAACUAUUUUUUAUUCUUUUUUUCUACAUUGGCCAAAGAGCCUCUCAAACGUAACCAUGGCCGGUAACGCCUGCUGUCAAAUUUGAGGUCCUACAGCUGGGAAACAUCACCAAAAAAGUGUAAUCUGAGUCACUGUGUUCGAAGAUAUGAAUAAAUUUACUAACAGAGCUGUUACAAUUUAUACGAUAAAAAGCUUUAAGAGCAAGAAAUGCCUCAGCGUCAAAACAGAUACUAGUAUGAAAGUCAAAGAAUGAUAGCCGUUCGGGAUUUACUCCGCUGUACUACAAUUUACUAGACAGACGUUAGCAUUGAAAUGCAACGGCACACUUGCCUUUUUUAAAAACAACAGUUACUAUAACGAACGCGAAAUACGUCAAUAUACGGGUAGUACAAACGUAAAAUCUUCCUACCUUUUCCGAUCCUAACAGAUACCUGUGCAGUUGCUAAACGCCUUCCAAAUGACCAUAGAUCGAGGAGGCUUCCCGUCCCGGUGAGCACAUAACAAAAGAGAAAUUGGUUCCAACAGAAAUAUUCCAGAGCGCGCAAACCUGGACAACAUUGCAAACGAGCAUACCAAAUGAAAUCAGUUCUGAGUUCACUCCGCUAAGAGACCAGAGUGUAUUAUUUAUUGGACAGAGUUUUUGUAUUCAAUCGUCUCAAUAUUUGAUGGCAUUUAUGUGCAUUAGCGAAUGUUCUUAAUUCGAUACACAUGCAAGGCAACCUGACAAAGAAACACAACCAUUUUGCUUACCUUUUGGGGUUUGCGAAUUGUAAACGUUAGAUAAAGACAAAUUUCAUCUUUUGCGCACUAAAUUCCUGUUCUAUUAAGUCUUGUUCUCGGGCCAGUGGAAUUUCAUCGUUUUAUCACAUUUUCCCCAAGCUCACAAGUGAGAAUAAUACCAAUUUCAGCACUGAAGUACAUGUAUCAACUCGGAGGUAUGGAGUGCUCUUGCAUACGCACUCGCCUCGGCAGUAAAGGAUCUUUGAUACACGGCUUUGUCCGUUCAUCGGCUCGACGGUUAUGCCAUGCUUAUGAGACCCAACAAAGCGAGACAGCUGUUUAUGGCUGCCACUGCCCGGAUGAUAUGGUUGUGCGCAUGCCUAGGGUACUGUUCAUACUGCGGAGCCGGUACGUGUUCUUCAGUGCUGUAAUUGGCAUAUUGUUAAGGAGUGAGAAUCGGUUUUGCGUAACCUUUCAUAAAGGUUUGUAUGGCGGUUCGAGUGAUUGCAAUUUAGGAGCCACAAAUAGUAAUAAAGAUACACAGGGGCACCCAACGACUGUUUUCUGUAAAAUAUCUGUUCGGAGAAACAAAUAUUUCCCAGAAUUUUCUAUUGCUUGAGGACGGCUACAAAUUUCUAGAUGACUGUUCCAUUCAUGUACAAUUUUCGCAUUUCACUCCCCAAGUAAUGCUGCUUUUCGUAGAAAAAGGAAACCUAAAAUUUUCGGAUUAAAAAUGCGAUUGAGAGAGCAAUGAGAAAAAUUUACACUUUUGUAAAAGGAUAAAUUGCAUCUAAAAUUUUCGGGAAAGUAAUUCUGAAGCCCCUGUAAUUUCGAAAAGACCCAAAGUCCCCUUCGAUGACUCAACAAAUACAAAUUUUAUUGCGCCGCUUAGAAUGUAUUUCUAGAGUCCAAAAUCUACUCUGGAUUGUCUGAAAAGUGUUUUGAACGUAUUUGUAUAGGUAAUAGCAUGAUUUGUAGUGAUAUUUGGCAUAAAUACCACGAGUGAUAUUUCAAAAUUGUUAGACAUAAUUUCACGAGCCGUUAGGCGAGUGAAAUUUGAGACAAUUCUGAAAUAUCACGAGUGGUAUUUAUGCCAAAUAUCACGUACAAAUCAUGUUAUUAUUUGUUUAUACUACUACCCUUAGAAGGUUUGUAAUUUUCACAUGUAGGUAUUUCAAAUUAAGCUGAAAUACUACUGCUCUAAGCCAAUCAAAUUGCAGAAAUUUCUCAUGUAGUAGUAUAAAGGAGGAAAUCGUCGCUGGUCCCCCUGGAUACAGUAGAAUAGGCUAACCUUGACUCCAUGUUUUAAUGACUGCGUUGCAGACAAAGACUGCGACACAAAUUUUCAAUACAGGGUAACACUUUUUCUACUUGUAAAUGCCAUCGUCAUUUUCUUUAUCAUUUAGCAAAGUUUCGCCAUUGAGGAUGAAGUUAAGGCAGAUGAACAUUCUGCACACCAGGAGCAAGUAGACAUUGCAGUGUCUCCUCCACAAAACAGCAAAGAUGCCGUUCUUGAAGUGAUUCCAUCGACUUCCACUGAAGUAGAUGUAAGAUGAAAAUAAAAACACCACAAAAACUAUUCACUACUAAAGAAAAAUGCCACUAGGGCACCUCAUUAUGUUAGGUUUGAGGUUAGAAGAACACAACAACCUAGUAAACUUGGGUCCCCUGCGCCACUGAAGUUUUUCGUCGUUCGUGUACCCAUCCUGUGCUGUCUUGAAUUACAUCACAACCUCCUACGUUCAUUCUCUUGAGCUAUUUUCAGUUUCGGGAUUGUCACUUCCACUUUUUAAGCAAAAAUACAUGCUAAAAACUAAGAACACAUACAUUUAAAAACAUUCAAAAUGCUGAAAGAGUUGAAAAGCUUAAAUUUCCGUAUAAAAUUUUCAAUUUAAACGCAGAUAAACGUCGUCAUUGAUUACUUCCAACAGAUAAUACCAAACGUUGCCUCGUUUUUGGCUCGAACAAAUGUCAGUCUUUUUUUUAUCUUUCGGUCUGUUAGUUACUUAUUUACUAAUAACUUGAGAGUUCUGCUGUUUCAACCCAAAACAAUAUUUGACUGUAGGAUAAGCAAUUCAAAGUAACCGAGAAAGAACUGCUUCCCAGCACAUCAGCAUCACCAGGACAAAGACAAGCUUCUGCUAUGUCACUUUCAAACGAUAACCUACAAGAGUCAGACGACGAAGACAUAGAGGAGGGCUUUUCUACCAAACAACUGUUUUCCUUUGCUUGGCAAAUAGCUAAAGGAAUGGUAAUUUGAUCGUAUUUUAUAGAUAAUGUUGCUUUGAUUUUGAUUCUGAGUAUAACAAGGCACAGGAAAUUCAAAAGUCAAUAUUGUAUAAGCACGAAGUAGAUGGGAUAAUUAAAUUGAUUGUUUUUCUAGAUAUGAGGACAGUUUUUCUUUCAUUUAAAUGGGUUAGAUGAAAAAAUUUUCUAAGUCGAUCGGUCGACCCAGUUUCGUUACGCAUCUGGACGUAAAUAUCUGGAUCAGAUCAGUGCUUAAUUUGUCUCGUAUUUUUUAACUUCAACUAACCGCUUAGUGUUCGGGGUACUCCCGUUAACUCAUUAUGGUUUGAGAUAAUUUUAAUUGUGUUUUUCGUUUCCUAUUUGUUAUUAGAAUCAUCUCGCAGAAAACAAUCUUGUUCACAGAGACCUUGCUGCCCGUAAUGUUCUUGUUGGCCAUGACAACCAGAUUAAAGUGUCAGACUUUGGGUUGAUGAAACAAAUUUAUGAAGAUGUGUGCCACUCAGAGAAGUCUAUAAAACUUCCUGUAAAAUGGAUGGCCCCAGAAUCACUUUACCAAGGCGUUUACACGACCAAAAGUGACGUGUGAGUUAGCGAUUCCCUCUCCCUUGACAAGGAAAUCACGCCUGAUUGAAACGUUUCUACUACUGUAAUCACUUCUCUAGCCUGCGAAAACAUCCGUUUCUCCUCGCUCUUCGCCACUGAGGACGUCUCGCGAGGAGGAACGUCUGCGUUUCAGCGACAGAAAAUUCCAUACUGAUGACGUAAAAUCUGUCCGGAAUCCGGUGAGAAGCGCUGAAUGGUAGACGGAGUAGACAAAAGACAAAAGGCCACAAAGGUCAGAUGUAAACGCGAAGAAUCUCUGGCAAAACAGUCAACAAUUAUGGAAUAUAGUGUUCUCUCAAAGGAGCAUUUGAGUUUUCCUGCAGCUCGUUGACAGAUGAACACAACACUUUACCAGAAUCGACCAGAAGACAAGUAAAAUUGUACAAAUUCAUAUUUGGAACCCCAUGACUACCGGAUUUAUUAUGAAAACAUUGAUUUGCGUCAUCAGUAUGGAAUUUCUGCCCUGAGUCGCAGACGUUCCUCCGCGCGAAACGUCCCCAGCGGCGAAGAGCUAGUGAGAAACGGAUGUUUUUGCAGGCUAUCAAUACUCAAAAACGUAGUUGCCGUAAACUAGAGAGCUUCAGAUUUGAGGACGAGUACGACUACGAGUACGAGAUUUUCUCAGUACUAAGUAGUGGGCGCGCGUGAACCAGAGUCAUUUUGGCGGGAAAACGUGAUAGUCGUCUUCAUUCUACUACGAGUUUUAGAGAGAAUGUCGUGUUAGCGGACACAGGUGCAACACGGAGAUAAUUCAAUUAAUUCAUUCUUAGCCUAAACUCCCCUUUUUUGUUUAUAACAAUGCUGGGGUUAAAAGGCGUGCAAUCAAAAGCACAAUUUUUUUGCCCAAAUAUAGAGUCAGAAAAUUGAAAGAAUCCCUGUCUAAAAAUAGCUAAAAAGAGGAUUCUUCUAAUCCUUUACAAUUCUCCAGUUACAUGCAAAACUCAAAAUUACACGCUGAGCCUUUCAGAUCUGUUAUAUGAUAAUCACCAGACAAAAAAAAUUUACAUCUACAGGCAGUGGAGCCGACAAGUAAUAAUUUUCUUUGCUAAGACUUUCCGUAAAAAAAUCCUCUUGCUCGAUAACUAGUUUUCCGUGCAUUGUAAAACAUUGUAUAUAGAGGAUAUUACACGGUGGCGCGAAGAUAUGAAUUUUAUUUUCUCGUAGCAUAAACAAUAUUUUACUCACUCGCUGCGCUCGUUCGUAAAAUAUUGUUUUGCCACUCGAAAAUAAAAUUCAUAUCUUCAAGCCGCCGUGUAAUGUUCUUUUUAUAAUAUAGACAAAACGACAUCGAUAAAAGAAUAGAUUCAGUUAUUCGCCAAAAAGAAAUUAUGACGGCUCAAAUUUACAGUACAGCAAUAUAAGACAUUGGUUACAAUAAUCCCGAGAAAUAACACUGAGCUGAAUAGGGCUCUACAAUGACAAAAUAUAAGCAAAGCUUUGAAAAAUGUGUAAGUAAAUUCAAAAGACGUAAGACGUCUACAAAUUUCGAAGGGAAAUUACCGAAAUUACGUCAUCGAUAAACUCACGUGUGAGGUUAUGGAAAAUAAACCACUCGGGUCCUGGACUUAUGAACUUUAUGAGUGGUAUAUUUUCCAGCAAAACACUCGUGUCUAUAUAACAAAUGUUAUUCUGAACGGCUUUUGUACAUUUCUUUUAAUAUUAAGGUCGCAACUUCAGAAACCUACGAGGUGAAAACAAAUAUAUAUAUAAUAUAGUCUUGUAAUGUUGACGCAUACUCUUAUGGGCGCUCGCUAGCUUUCAUGAAAAGUACGUUAAGCGAGGUCCGUACUAAUAUGGAAUUACUGAUAGCCGAGACUUGUCGCGCGAAUGCUUAGGAAAACUUUGUAUUGCGAUGUAAACGGUGCGCUACAAAGACCAAUUACAGUUUCACUAGUUUUACGAAGUAAAAUUCGACCAAAAUCGGAAUAUUAUUCCCAGAAUGGCCAGGAUUGACUUCCCUCGGACAAGAAAACGUCGGCUACUCAUAAGAAGCAUCUUAGGUAAAUUUUGUUCGGUUCACCAAAAAAAAGACCCUGAAAUCCUCAUCAGUAAUUUCAACGCCUGGGCCAUUACAGAUUUGACUUUGGUAUAGGUAGGCGACUAUCUGUUAGUAGGUUAAAACCAAACCUGUGAAACUGAUUCUUGUGGCUUCUUCGUACUUAGUCCAAAAGUGUCUGUCAGGGAUGGAAUUUCAGCCAAUUAUCCGAAACGUAGUUCGCAUGGUCCUGAGCAAGAGCGGCGCCGUUUGAAUUUAAUUCAAACUGAUAUCAAAUCAUCACUUAGAAGUUAUUCUCUUUUCUGGUUAAUUAGUUGCUGGUAGAUGUUAACGAUCUACUUGAGAUUGUGGGUCUAUCAAUUCUAGCGCUCCCUUUUCCCUUCUGUUCCCGUUGCUUUGACAAAGGAGUGUAGUUUGGUUACCUGAGUUUGCUGCCCUUGUUUGUCUAAAACCUGAGGGAAAACCUUUUUCGAGGCGAAUGCUGGUAGAUUAUUCAUUGCCUUUCCGUUUUCUCGACACAAAAUUCUAAGAACACGACAAUUGAGGUCAUACCUGGUAUUAUUUAAUUCAAUCAAACGUGAUGCGCGAAAGGAUUGGCACUCGCAUUUUUUCGUUCGUCCAUCAAAUAAAAGAAAAAACGAUAAAGACGGCAAUAAACAAAUUAAAUGCGGUGAAUCUGUACAUUGUUAUAACCCCUUUGUGCUUUUUUUGAUAGUUGGUCUUUUGGUGUUGUUCUUUGGGAGAUGGCUACAUUGGGUAAGCGGAUCAUUUUACGGUUCAUACUUAUCAUUUUAAACUUAAAGUUAAUUAACAAAUGGACAAAAAUUUUCCAUGGUAUGUAACUCUUAUACUAUAAAAAUGAAAAUUAGAAACUCAAGUGGAGCCAUUUUUUUUUUCGGGAAAAUCGCGCGGUAAAUAAAUUGCGCCAUCUGUCACAUUGUCGACCAAGCAGCGCCGUUCGAAAAAUUGUUUUUACUGUUAUCGUAAAAUCUUGUCACACAUUAACGCAUCCAAGGAACCCUGUUCCCCUUUUUUGCCAUGGUGGGAUGUGACUUAACUUGUAUGAUUGUUAUUAAGGUUACUGCUACCAGGAAACUAGCUGGUUUCCUUUAGCGUAACGUUUCAUUUGCGGCAAGCUGGACUUUUUGUUUUGUCUGAUCUGAGCUCUGUUAAUUUUAAGUGAUGUAAGCACAGCUCCUAGAUGAAAACUAUAUGUGACAAUACAUUGUAUUUGCGAGCAUUGAAAGUUAUUGGAAAAAAAGAAGCCUUAUUAUUAAGCACCUGCUUUCUUUUUUGACACAUUUGAGUGCAUUGGCCAUCAGACCACCAUUCAAAUAACAUUUUUUGCAAAAUGGCAUUAUUGAAUAUGGGGAUUAUAGCAUCUUGAAUAGAAAGUUAUUCAAUGAUAUCUAACUAAUCAGUUGUCGAUAUGUAAUUAUUAUAUUUGUCUUUCUCGCAAUCGCCAGGAGGUGUACCAUAUCCCACGCUGACCAACUCAGAGCUGUAUCGACUGCUCAGUACAGGUUAUCGCAUGGAAAGGCCUGACAUGUGCUCCGAUGACGUGUACGUUUCUUGA